AUGGCACUAUAUGAAGCCUUGUAUGGGAGACCAUGCCGAUCACCCGUUUGUUGGACCGAGUUGGGUGAGGCUAUGCUGGUCGGGCCGGAAUUGAUCCAAGAAACUUCCGAGAACCUGAAAGCGAUUCGUCAACGCCUUCUUGAAGCACAAAGGAGAACUACCGAGCAAGUUAAAUUGAUUCGCCAACAGUUGAUAACCGCACAAAGUAGGCAAAAGAGCUACGCAGAUCGUCGUUGCCGACCAUUAUCAUUUGAAGUGGGGAAUCACGUGUUUCUAAAGGUGUCACCCCGUCGGGGACUAUCUCAUUUUGGGCAAAGGGGUAAGCUUUCACCGCAUUAUAUCGGGUCGUUUGAUAUUAUCGAGAAGAUUGGCGAAGUUGCGUAUCGGUUGGCCUUACCACCAAGAUUAUCAAAUGUUCAAGAUGUAUUCCACGUGUCGAUGUUACGAAAGUAUGAGCCGGAUCCGUCAGACGUUCUAGAGUGGGCCGAGUUAGAGUUAGAAGCCGAUGCAUCUUACGAGGAGGAGCCGAUAUGUAUCCAAGAUUUGCGCGAGCAAGUUUUGAGGGGUAAAACCAUUCCGUUAGUGCGAGUCUUAUGGAGUCAUCUCGGGAAAGAAGAGUCGACGUGGGAAAGGGAAGACGAAGUGAGAGAGAAGUAUCCGCAUUUGUUUCCAAGUUAG